AAAAAAAAAAAAAAAUAGCUUCAUUAGCGCGAAUGGAAAAGGAGAGGAAGUUGUGUAUUGAGAUAGAUGGUUUUUCCAUUAACGGGCUUGUGGCGUAGUUUGGAGCAAUUUCUAGUUACGUGCAGCUAGUGUGACUAAAUUUUUAAAUUAGUUUCACCCGAUCACAAGAAGACAAAUGCCAGCAGGAUGAGUAGAAGAGAGAACCUUUCAAAUCGAGCGGUAGAUAUUGUCGGCGAACAUAUCGGAAUGUCGUUUCUAAUAAAAAUAGGAAUACUUGUUUUGCUGAUCACAUGUUCUAUAGGAAGGAAUAUUCCAGAUGAAAAAUAUGAAGAAACCAAUUCCACGAGUUAUGAUGAAGAACCUUUAGAAAAUAACUGUAACUGUGAGUGGCGGUAUUAUAAACAUUACGAGACAAAAGGGUGUCAGGUUGUACAAGUUGAUUCCUGCGGCUGCCCUAAAAAGUUUUUGUGCCCUCUAACGAGCAGCACUAACGAAGAGCAGAAAAUUUGCAUUUACCAGAAUCAGGAGUACAAAGUAGGAUCUAGAUUAAACAUCACAGACAAGUGUCAGUCUUGUAGGUGCCUUGCAGUUGAGGAACAAGCGCAGAUUGUGUGUCGGCACAAAGAGUGUCCUCAACUUGAGUAUGCGGGAGAUUCAAACUGUCACCUUGUGUACGAAAAGGAUCACUGCUGUCCAUCUAAAUAUGAGUGUGUUUUAAAUACAAAUGAAAAUGAAGCUACUGGCGAAGACUAUUUCUGUGUCCAUGAUGGAAUAACCUAUCCUGUUGGUGCAAAGAUUUAUCCGUCAGAUGACCCAUGCCUGAUAUGUGAUUGCACCGAAAAUUGGAGAGGAAUCUCGAACAGUAGCUGCUAUCAACAAAACUGUUUGUUUGAAAAAAAUAAACUCCAACUUCAGAGGGGUUGUGUCCCUAUAUAUCACGAAAACAAAUGCUGCCCCAUAGAAUUUUACUGCCCUGAUGAAUUUGCAAACGAUGGUAUUUCUCUAGAAUCUUUUACAGCUGAAAAUUCUGAUGUCAACGGAGAUACAUGCAUGUUUGGAGACAAAAUGCUUGAAAUUGGAAAGGAACUGCCAAUGAAAAAUCCUUGCAUCAAAUGCACCUGUUUAGUUCCACCAGAUUUUACUUGCGUGCACGAAUCUUGCCCACCAUCACCCAAAUCCAAAAACUGCCAAGCAUAUUAUUCUUCUAAUUAUUGUUGUCCUUCCUAUGAUGAUUGUUCCUCAAAUGAUGUGUUUGGAACCAAUGAAUCUAAUUCGAUUGAAAAUGGAUGUCCGACACCACAAUGUGCUGAUGCUUCUUGUGUCGUCGAAAUACCUGAGGGACAUACGUGCCCUACAUGCGUCUGUGCUGAAUGUCCAACCCCACAGUGUGCCGAUGCUACUUGUGUCAUUAAAAUUCCUGAUGGACAUACUUGUCCUACAUGCGUCUGUAAUGAGACUAUUUCACACGAAAAAAAUGUAUUUGAGACAACCGAAGAGAUACAGAUGGAAGGCGCGGAAAAAAAUAGUUCAUCGAGCACAGAAGAAAUACUUGAAAGUGAGGAUGAAAAUUUUGAGGCAGAAGUUUUGAUACCCAUUGAAUCUGAUCCUUCCAACAAUAAAUCGGAAAAAUUUAUAGAAACGAUCGAAACAUUUGUAGACAAUUUGGAUUACGAUGAAGGAGAACAUUCCGAAUUUGAAGACGUUAAAGAUAUCGAUAUUUUUGAAAAAGAUCGAGAAAUACUUGAGGAUAAAGAAGAAUUAUCUUUUAAAGAGCAACCGGAGCAUGUAAACAUAGAAAUAUUUCCUCGAACCUCCCUUAACGCCAGUGAAGAGGAAGACAGUGAAUUAGCACCCCAUAGAAAAAAGAGGGCAGUAAUCGGACAACACAUUCCUUUGCAACAGCAAGGUAGCAUUGAAUCCAAUCAAAUUGCGCAGAACUCGCAGCAGCAGUUCUUCGAGGAGGAAGAGCCAGAAUCAAACCGAGAAAUAUACGAAGACAACGACGAAGGCUUUGACGAAUUGAAAUUUUCUAGUUUAAACAGAAAAAAUCUGGAAGAUAGUGACAACUCAGAAGAAGACCUAAUCAGCUCUGAGUCUGUGAUUGUUCCUGAAGGCUGCCCCACUCCCCUCUGUGCCAAUUCUUCUUGCAAGAUAUCAAUUCCAAUCGGUCAGCGAUGCCCUACGUGUAUUUGUAAAAAUAGAGAAGUAUGGCAACCUUGAAGAAUAACAGGAAGAAAAUUCAGUAGCUGUAAAAGAAUUCUAUGUGAUAUUACUCUCAUAAAAUCUUCAUAUUUUUGUGUACAUAUAUAUAUUUAAAAUUAUGAAAGGAUAUUUGUAUGUAUUUUACUCAUGAAACCUGUAUUUUCAUAUAUAUAAAAAUUUGAAUAAAAACCAUGAAACAUUGUCUUAAAAAA